GCGCGCUCCGAGCCACACGUGUGCGCUCCGCUCCCAUGUGCAGCGCGCGAGUGCCGCGGUGACAUGGCCUGCGCCCGGGGGCUCUGCACCGCCGACAAGAUCUUCAUCUUCAUCAACAUCGCCUUCGCGAUGUACAGCGGCGCGCUGCUGGCGACGGCGGCGCGGCUGGCGUGGGACCCCAGCACGUACGCGUGGUUCCGCUUCCUGUGCGCCGCGCAGUACCGCGUGUCGGCCGCCUACGUGCUGGCCGCCGGCCUGUGGCUGGCCGCGCUCGUGUGCCUGGCCACGGCCGCGCGCGCCGCCGCGCUGCGCGCCUACGCCGGCGGCGUGGCCUGCCUGGCGGCCAGCGAGCUGGCGUACGGCGCCUGGAUGGCGGCCUCGCUGGCGGAGUGGUGGGGCAGCGCGCCCGAGGCCGAGCUGGCGCGCCGCGGCCUCGACCUGGUGCACGACCUCAAGCCCGCGCUGCUCGCCGUCGACCGCUACCGCGACGUGGCGCGCCCCGUCUACGACAUGAUCGAGGAGGUGGAGCGCGAGGCGCCCAACAACGCGGUGGUGGUCGUCGUGUUCGGCGUCGUGGCCAUGCUGCUGCAGAUAGCGGCGUUCGUGAUGGCGCGGCGGCUGGCGCGGCGCUCGGAGGCGGAGGCGCGUGCGGGCGAGCGCGCGUGCGCGUGCGGCGCCAAGGCGCGCGCCGCCAGCGCCGACGACGACAGCGACGCGGACGCGCGCGACGCGCCGCGCGAGGCCGGCUGGCGCAGGAAGGCCAACCUGCGCAUGUACACCAUACUCGACAAGAUUUUCUAGCAGGUGCGGACCCGACGCUUCGUCAACUCGAGGAUCCAGGCUCGUACUGUGCUACUCCGUCAGAAUUUCAUAUGGGUCGAGCGGCCGAUCCCUGCUCCGUGCGAUGCUCGCCCUUACGAACGGUUCCAGUGUUAAAUAUAUUUUUCAGGACUUUUUUAAUGAUAC